CUUAAUUUAUAUUGUGAUGCAAAAGCUUCUAUCUGAAGAUAACUUAGAAAAACUAAUCAAAGAAGAUCUAAUCAGCGUUGUGAACAUCGUCAAGCUGGAUAACCUUGGCCCUAUGCAAGAGCAAGGGGUCCAGAUACAGGAGGAGAGCCAUGACUCUUACACUCAUGUUAGAAGAGGAGCCGAGAGUGAAGAUUACAUCGAGUACGAGACUCUAAGAUCGUCUAGAUCUUAGAGAGUACCUCAGAG